UUUAACAUUCUCCCUCUUCUCAAAACCUUGUUUCCUUUCCACCCGCCGCUUUCACCACUGCAACCGAAUUUAUUUGCAGGUUUUCUCCUAUAUAUCCUCCUGCUGCUUUCACAGCCAUACAGAAAUCGGGCUGCAAACAUCUUUUUAAGAUAAAAGAAUGGCUUCAGUGACGUUGAAAAAGAACUAUCGUUGCGUUCAGUCUUUGCAACAGUUUUAUUCGGGUGGACCUUAUGCAGUUUCAUCUGACGGGUCAUUCAUUGCUUGUGCGUGCAACGACACAAUCACUAUUGUGGAUUCAUCGAAUGCGUCUAUUAAGUCCACCAUUGAAGGGGAUUCGGAGACUGUUACCGCUCUUGCUCUUAGCCCUGAUGACAAAUUCCUCUUUUCCGCUAGUCAUAGCCGUCAAAUUAUAGUUUGGGAGUUAUCUUCUCUUAAAAAGUUGCGUUCCUGGAAGGGUCACGAGGGCUUUGUAAUGAGCAUGGCUUGCCAUGCCUCCGGUGGAUUGCUAGCAACUGCCGGAACUAAUGGCAAAGUACUUGUAUGGGAUGUUGAUGGUGGGUUUUGUACACAUCACUUUAAAGGUCAUACAGGGGUUGUGAAUAGUGUCAUUUUUCAUCCUGACCCUGCCCGUCUUCAUUUAUUUUCUUCUUCUGAUGAUACAACUGUACGCGUUUGGGAUCUUACAAGCAAGAAGUGCCUUGCAACUUUAGAAAGACAUCGUUCAACGGUGACUUCCAUUGCAAUAACUGAAGAUGGAUGGACUCUAUUGAGUGGUGGCAGAGAUCAGGUUGUAAACAUGUGGAAUCUUCAUGACUUUAGCUGCAUAAUGAGCGUACCUACAAAUGAGACAGUUGAAGCCAUCUGUGUUAUUGGUAAAACUUCUCCUUUUGCUUCAUGUACCCGAGGCAAAAAAGUUAGUGAUCUGUCAGCGUUCCAGUUUAUAACAGUGGGUGAACAUGGAAUUGUACGUAUAUGGAGUUCUCAUGGUGCUGUGUGCCUGUUUAAACAAACAUCUUCGGAUGUUACAGGCUGCAAAGAUGAGGAAGAGGAGGCUAAAAGAGGUUUCAUGUCUGCUGUGAUGUUGCCCUCUGGUCAAGGGUUGUUAUGUGUCACUGCCGAUAAGGAAUUACUCUUCUAUUCUCCAUUCGAAUCCCCUGAAGGAACUUUUCAGUUGAAUCUCAACAAAAGGCUUGUAGGAUAUAAUGAAGAGAUAUUGGACAUGAAGUUCUUAGGUGUUGAAGAACAAUCUCUUGCUGUUGCUACAAAUGAUGAACAGGUACGGGUGUAUGAUCUUAGCUCGAUGUCAUGCUCUUAUGUAUUGGCGGGCCACACCGAUAUGGUGCUAUGUCUUGAUACGUGUACAACAAGUUCUGGAAGAACAUUAAUUGUAACAGGGAGCAAAGAUAACACUGUAAGGUUAUGGGAUCCUUACAGCCAUAGUUGCAUUGGAGUUGGAAGAGGUCACAUGGGAGGUGUUGGAGCUGUUGCUUUUGCGAAGAAAUCACAUAAUUUCUUCAUUAGUGGUAGUAGUGAUCUCACUCUGAAGGUGUGGAGUUUAAAUGACCUAUCGGAUGAUGUGAAUGAUGCAUUUACCUUGAGAACUAAAGCAGUCACUGCAGCCCACGAUAAGGAUAUUAACGCUCUGUCCAUUGCUCCAAAUGACAGUCUUGUUUGCAGUGCGUCCCAGGAUCGAACCGCCCGUAUCUGGAAGCUUCCAGAUCUAACUCCUGGUGUCGUACUUAAAGGGCACAAAAGAGGAAUCUGGUCUGUAGAGUUUUCCCCUGUUGAUCAGUGUGUUAUAACAGGCUCUGCAGACAAGACUAUAAAGAUUUGGGCUAUAUCAGAUGGUUCUUGUUUAAAAACAUUUGAAGGGCAUACAUCGAGUGUACUUAAAGUUCAGUUUCUUACCCGUGGUGCUCAGUUUGUCUCUUGUGGCGCUGACGGUUUGGUUAAGCUCUGGACUGUUAAGACAAACGAAUGUGUUGCGACUUGUGAUCAACAUGAGGGCAAGGUAUGGGCCUUGACUGUUGGGAAGAAAACAGAAAUGUUGGCAACAGGUGGCAGUGAUGCGGUGCUUAAUUUAUGGCAUGAUUCUACUGCUGCAGAGAAGGAGGAUGCUUUCCGGAAAGAGGAGGAAAAUGUAUUGAAAGGGCAAGAGCUAGAAAACGCUGUAUUAGAUGCCAACUACACUAAGGCUAUUCAUCUUGCAUUUGAGCUUCGUAGACCACACAAGCUGUUUGAAUUGUUUGGGGAACUUUGCAGGAGGGAAGAUGCCAAAGAUCAGGUCAAGAAAGCUCUUGGUGUUCUCAGCACAGAAGAAUACCGACAAUUGUUGGAGUACAUCAGAGAAUGGAACACGAAGCCAAAGCUCUGCCACAUUGCACAGUUUGUGCUUUUUCAGGUUUUCAGCAUCCUCCCACCAACAGAGAUAGUUGAGAUGAAAGGCAUCGGAGAACUUCUUGAAGGACUUAUCCCAUAUUCCCAGAGGCAUUACAGCAGGAUAGACAGAUUGGAGAGAAGCACAUUUCUGUUGGACUACACCCUUAACGGGAUGUCAGUCGUUGAACCAGAACCAGAAACGGGUGUUGUAGAAAACCCAAAAGACAAUUUUGUGUUGGAUCCUGUAGAGGUCGAGGCUGAAGGGCAAAAACAGGCUGAAGAUGGUUUAAAUAAACGAUCAACAAAGAAACGGAAGUCUAACAAAUCAAGUGGAGGAAACAAGAGAAUUAAGGGAUAAUCCUCCAUCAAAUUACGGGGUUUUUUUUUGCAAAUGAUAUGAUACAUGUUGUUCUGGAAUUUUGCUAGAGCUCUAGAGCAAUGAUAAGGUUGGGUAGUGACAGCAAUUGUCAUUACUCUACUAGUCUAAGUUGUAUUGUUCAAAUGUACACCUCUGACGUUAGUUUAUGUAAAUCGCAUUCAUAUGUUUUCAGUUC